AAAAUUUUAUAGGUUAAGUUUCUGAGAAAUUAACGAGUCAUUGUUUUAUUAUUUAUAGAAAUUAAAAUAUUCUAAAGCAAUGGAUACAACUGAAACUAUCAUUAGUGAUAAGGAGGAUGCAAAUCCUACAGAACAAAAGCAGAAUCUUCAGGAAAUGGACAUUGAAGAUUUGUAUACUAAAUAUAAGAGAUUACAACAGAUGUUAGAAUUUUUGGAAGUUCAAGAGGAGUACAUCAAGGAUGAACAGAGAAACUUGAAGAAAGAAUACCUCCAUGCUCAAGAAGAAGUGAAAAGGAUCCAAUCAGUCCCCUUAGUAAUUGGUCAGUUUCUUGAAGCUGUAGAUCAAAAUACUGGCAUUGUUGGUUCAACUACAGGUUCUAACUAUUAUGUACGAAUCCUUUCAACAAUUGACAGAGAACUUUUGAAACCAUCUGCUAGUGUUGCCCUGCAUAAACAUAGCAAUGCCUUGGUUGAUGUUCUUCCUCCUGAAGCAGAUUCAUCAAUUAGUAUGUUACAAGCAGAUGAAAAACCUGACGUUCAAUACAGUGAUAUUGGUGGCAUGGACAUGCAAAAGCAGGAAAUACGAGAAGCUGUGGAGCUCCCUUUGACACAUUUUGAACUGUACAAACAGAUUGGAAUUGAUCCACCAAGAGGUGUAUUAAUGUAUGGACCUCCAGGAUGUGGCAAGACAAUGUUGGCCAAAGCAGUAGCACAUCAUACUACUGCUGCUUUUAUUCGAGUUGUUGGGUCUGAAUUUGUUCAAAAAUAUCUGGGUGAAGGACCUCGAAUGGUGAGGGAUGUUUUCAGACUUGCUAAAGAGAAUGCACCAGCUAUCAUUUUCAUUGAUGAAAUUGAUGCAAUUGCCACAAAAAGAUUUGAUGCUCAAACUGGAGCUGAUAGAGAGGUCCAGAGAAUCCUUUUGGAACUUCUCAAUCAAAUGGAUGGUUUUGAUCAAACUACUAAUGUUAAGGUUAUUAUGGCAACCAAUAGGGCAGACACUUUGGAUCCUGCUUUACUUCGUCCUGGUCGUUUGGACAGGAAAAUAGAAUUUCCUCUGCCAGACCGUAGACAAAAACGUCUCAUUUUCAGCACAAUUACUUCAAAAAUGAACCUUUCUGAAGAGGUUGAUUUGGAAGAUUAUGUAGCAAGACCAGAUCGUAUUUCUGGGGCUGAUAUUAAUGCCAUUUGUCAAGAAGCUGGAAUGCAUGCUGUAAGGGAAAAUCGUUAUAUUGUGCUGCCAAAAGAUUUUGAAAAAGGAUACAAAAAUAACAUCAAAAAGGACGAGAGUGAGCACGAGUUUUAUAAGUAAUUUCUUAGUAUCUAGGUCUUCUGUAUUCAUUCAUUGAAUAAUCUUAAAUAUAUUCCUUUUCUUUCUGAAAAAA